AUGUUUCAAGCUUUCCCCGGAGACUACGACUCCGGUUCCCGGUGCAGCUCUUCACCCUCGGCCGAGUCGCAGUAUUUAUCCUCGGUGGAUUCGUUCGGCAGCCCCUCUACCGCCGCCGCCGCCUCUCAGGAGUGCGCCGGUCUCGGGGAAAUGCCCGGUUCCUUCGUGCCCACGGUCACGGCGAUCACCACCAGCCAGGACCUCCAGUGGCUUGUGCAACCCACACUCAUCUCUUCCAUGGCCCAGUCCCAGGGGCAGCCACUGGCUUCACAGCCCCCAGCUGUGGACCCCUAUGACAUGCCAGGGACCAGCUACUCCACACCAGGCCUGAGUGGCUACAGCAGUGUUGCAGCUGGUGCCAGUGGCGGGCCUUCUACCAGUGGCACCACCAGUGGACCUGGGCCUUCCCGCCCAGCCCGAGCCCGGCCUAGGAGACCCCGAGAAGAGUCGCUUACCCCAGAGGAAGAAGAGAAGCGAAGGGUUCGCCGGGAGAGGAACAAGCUAGCAGCGGCUAAAUGCAGGAACCGGCGACGAGAGCUCACUGAUAGGCUGCAGGCGGAAACAGAUCAACUGGAGGAAGAAAAAGCCGAGCUGGAGUCGGAGAUCGCCGAGCUGCAGAAGGAGAAAGAGCGUCUGGAGUUUGUGCUGGUGGCCCACAAACCGGGCUGCAAGAUCCCGUUCGAAGAGGGCCCGGGGGGGCCCCUGGCGGAGGUGAGAGGCUUGCCGGCUAAGGACGACGGUUUCAGCUGGCUGCCGCCGCCCCCGCCGCCCCCGCCCUUCCACGCCGGCCCGGACGCGGCCCCCAACCUCACCGCUUCUCUCUUUACACGCAGUGAAGCUCACGUCCUCGGCGACCCCCUCCCCGUUGUUAGCCCUUCGUACACCUCCUCGUUUGUCCUCACCUGGCCGGAGGCCCCCGCGUUCGCCGGCGCCCAGCGCAGCAGCGGCAGCGAGCCCCCCGCGGACCCCCUGAGCUCGCCCUCCCUCCUCGCUCUGUGA